AUGACCUCCCCUGCUGCUGCUGCUGCUCUCCCCGAGACCGAGGAUUUCGAAAGCAUCACCGGUGCGCAGGAGAGUGCUGAGCCGGCGUCGUCAUCGUCAACAACGCCCACGCCCACGCCCACGGCAGCCUCUUCGCGCGAGAACUCGACGUCCAGCCAGGCCUCGGUCGUGCAUGCGCCUGCAUCCAGCACUCAGAGCAGUGCAGCAACGCAGAUCCCCUCGAUGCACCGCCCAUCCCUCGCGCGAGACCGCACGCUCAACGUGUCCGGCUCGCCGUCGCCAGCCAGCUCGGCGCUCAACUCACGCGAUGCUUCGCCUGCACGCAGUCUGCAACGCAACACCAACGCGCCGCCCGCCUCGACCGCCAGGUCCCAAUCUGGCCUCCGUUCACGCAAGAGCAGCACCGACGUCAGCCCCAACCGCGGACCCGGCACAAACUCCCCAGGGCUCUCGGCUGCUGCCAUCCAGCGCGCCCUCUCGUCUACCAGCAUCCCCCAACUGCCGCCUGUCUCGUCCUCCGACUCGGUCAAGGCACCCCGGCCGCUCAAGUCUCCCUCCGCCCUCGUCUCUGGCGACAGCACCCCCCAUUGGCCGCACUCGCCGCGCCUCAAGUCUCCCCCGCCGCCCGACGCCCGUUCCCAUUCGCGCUCACGCCGCAACUCUCUGCGCUCCCAGACGCGGAGGCCUGAGGCUCCAUCGACGCCCUCAAUCGUGGUCCAGCACUCUUCGCCCUCGCCUGCCUCAACCUCUCGUGCUCCAGCCGCCGACGAGGCGGUGACGCCGGGCGACCAGGACGAGCCCAUCAUGAGCUUGUCCAUGAAGGCGCCGUCCCGCGGUGCCAGCGGCGUGGCUCCCAAGCUGGCGACUGUGCAGGAGUCUAGUCUGCCUGCAACGCCGGGCUUUGACGGCGUUGAGCCGCAAAGCUUCACGCCCACAGCAACCACGCAUAAGAAGUUCGAGGAAGACCGCAAUGACGUCAGUUCGUCAAAGGUUACCGAAGACCUCAGUAGCCGAAACAACAACGCGAACAACAACAAUAUGCAUACCGGCAGUGGCAGCGACAGUGGCACAAAGAACGGCAGGAAGGGCAAGAUGCAGGAGCAGCGAUCCUCGUCCACCCACCGAGUGAGCAGCAACGUCUCCACCAAGCCUUCGUUGACCUCGCUGUCAUCGCGAGCCCGCGAUCCACCCCUGCGCAACAUGACGGUGGAGACGGAGACGGUUCCAUCCAUAGCGCAGGCCACCAUCAGCAACCAAGAUCGCUCUGCCUCGGGGCGUGUCGACGGCAGCUUGCGAUUGAAGCCAAGCAACGAGACAAUACGGCCCAAGAAAGAGAGGAAGCCCCCAAAGCGAAAGGCACCGUCAAUCCACUCGGGCACUGGUAGGUCCUCGCAACUUUCAUAUCACUACCGCAUUCCUAGCAGGCCCGACAUGGCCCCACGAUCAAACACCGCGUCCUCAUACGGGAGUCAGAUGUCACUGCGCUCCUACGACGACCGGCGAUCGAUGUUGACCAUGUCACCACCUGCAAGUCCAGAGAUGGCCGUUUCCGCUUAUGCUCCAUCGCUCAGCUAUUUUUACUCGAAUACUAACUCAAGCUCCCGUAAAGCUUCGUCAAAAGCAGAUGUCUUCGAACAGAAAGUUGCUAGCGCAGUCGACGAAGCCAACUCUUCCGACUCGGACGCUACGUUCAUCUACGAGUCCAACCCACCCGAACAUCAACCUCACCGCAGCCGGGGUCACCACUCCAGAACGCCCAGCAUGACAUCCAUCGCCAGUCUUGCCGACCCACGUUUAGCGAUACGCAAUGAGCACAAGAACCCCGGCAAGAAGAGCAGUAUGAAGUUUACCAAUCCUUACAACAACCCAAACCUCGACCUCGAUGGCAUAGAUCGCGGUGAAGGAACGAUACGUUUAGGGUCUGGCCGCGCCGGCACAGGCAGCCACCAUCACCACAUCGGCCGACACGGCCAAGGCCGUGGCGCUCUUAGUCACAUUUUGCUGAAUGAUGACGCCGCCUCCUCCAUGUCGCAGUCCUCGCGCGGACGUGGACCCUCUUCGCGGCACCCAUCGCAGCCAAACAGUCCUCGCUUCCAUAAUUUUACCGUCGCGAACGGUACUGUGAACGGCAACAACAAGUAUGGAGAGCUGUCCGCCUACGACAUUGAUGCGGGCAUCGUCGCUGAUGAUGAGCGUACGCCACUGAUUCCAUCAAGCCGAAGUCCCAGAGUCCGGACUCCACGCCGAAGAGACAGCGUAACUCUUAGCAACCUGCAACGGCAGCUAGAUCGCAGACAUCGCAACGAAGGCGGUUGGUGUCGCCGUUUCGCUGGGUGUCUUGUGCUAUCUAUUCUGCUUCUCGUCGUUGUCUUUAGCUCGGUCGGGCUUGUGUUCGCGACCACGAAGCCUUUGACCAACGUGGGCAUUUACGAGAUCCGGAAUGUGGUGGCGAGCCAAGAGGAACUGAUAUUGGAUUUGGUCGUCGACGCUGUGAACCCAAAUAUCAUUGGCGUCACGAUCACCGAUAUGGACGUCAGCAUAUUCGCAAAGAGCAAACACGUUGGCUCAGACAAGUGGUGGCACGAACACGGCAACGGCGUACCGCACAACAACGAGGAAGACUGGCAGUCCAUCGAGGCCUCUGACGUUGUUGAAGCAACCGACAAAACUCCAGACGGUGUUGACGAAGGCACAGAUCCUAUCGAAGAUCCAGACGUCGGUGAGCCUCGUACUAUGUUGCUCGGCCGCAUAUUCCAUUUUGAUUCACCGUUGAACUUCGAUGGCUCAUUCUGGCAACGACACUGUGCUGAAUCGAUCGGUGAAAUUCGCUUGACACAUCCAGGGAACAAGACCGAAGCCGGUGGGACAAAGCGGUGGGAGGAAGUCUCGCAGUACCCUUUCGAACUCAUCGUGCGGGGCAACUUCAAAUACCAGCUUCCACUCAGCACGCGAGAUCUCAGCGUCGUAGUAACGCAUACCUACCAUUAUGAUCCGGACGCCGAGAAGAGAAGGUUGAUCAAGGCCGACGAGAGUAGGGUCGAGCCGACAAAAACAGAGCAUCCUGCACAUGCUGUACCAUCCAAACCCCUAGGGAGGUACGACCGCAGAGUCGUUCCAACCCUCCAAUGCCGCUAG